AUCCUGAGUCCUUUCUUCUACCCCACAGCCCGAUACAUCAGAGCUGCACUGGCUAUGGGAGAGCCAUCACAGUCCUUAAAUACAGAUUCUGAUCUUCAUCAGCUCACUUCAACUCAGACUUCACCAUGAAGCUGGUUCCAGUCCUCAUCUGUCUCCUAGCUCCUCAGCUGAUCAGCUGUUUGCCCUUAAUGCCGUUCGACUGUAAUGAUAUACAUAACUAUGACAACAGCCGACCCAACGGAGUGUACACCAUCUACCCCAUCGGAUCCACGUCUGCUGUCCAGGUGUACUGUGACAUGGACUCACUGGGAGGAGGAUGGACGGUGUUCCAGAGGAGGAUGGAUGGCACGGUGAACUUCUACAGACCCUGGGAUCCGUAUAAGAUAGGCUUUGGGAGCGCUGCUGGAGAGUACUGGCUCGGUCUUGAGAAUAUUUUCCAUCUGACUGUGAGGAGGAGGUACGAGCUGCUGGUGGACAUGGAGGACUUUGAUGGAAACACGGCAUUUGCUCGUUACACCUCGUUCUCCAUCGACUCUGAGACAGACGGAUACACCUUGCAUGUCUCUGGAUUCAUUGAUGGAGGCGCCGGAGAAGGUCUGGCCUUUCACAAUGGAAUGAAGUUCUCCACCUUUGACAAAGACCAGGACUAUUCGAAUUACAACUGUGCUGAAAAUUUCUUGGGGGCGUUCUGGUUUAGUAACUGUCUUCACACCAAUCCAAACGGAGUUUAUCGCUGGGGGCCCAGUAGUCACAGUUUUCUAGGGCUGGAGUGGUACCAUUGGAAAGGCCCAAACUACUCUCUGAAGAGCUUCAGCAUGAAGAUCCGUCCUGCUCAGUAGAUCACCAGGACCAAUCAGCUGAUCAUCAACAUGAUCUCUUUAGAUGGUAAAGACCAGCCUCUCUGAUCAUGUAGAAGGAGCUCCACAAGGAGACCAGAAGGUUUUCUAAAUCCGGUUUCGUUGAGCUCUGAACACCUGUUGGUUCUUACCUGAUGAUAAUAAAUGAGCAGAAACUGUC